GAGUACAAGUCGAUCAAAGAACUUCGUGAUUCAUCCGAUCGGAAAACAUAAAGUGUAUAAUAACCUAGUCCUCAUUUCGACCAAUCAAAGUGACGCACUCCUUCUGACGUCACCACCGUUUCUUCCACACAAAAAAAUCGUCUGCUGAUCAGAAAGUUUAAAGAUCAUCAGAGCUGCAGACUGGCCAUGCUUUGUCUAGUGGUGUGUGUGUUGAGCCUCUCCGCUCUCGUCCUGUCCGGACCGACCUUCCAGCGACGCUUUGACAAACUGCACCAGAGGCUGGACCCUGAAGUACACAUGAACAUCUCAGAGAUUGUGCGUUGGUGGGGUUACCCUGCAGAGGAACACCAGGUUCCAACGGAGGACGGCUAUAUUCUGACCGUCAACCGGAUCCCAGGCGGACGCCAGCACGCCGCAGGUCCAGCAGGUCAGGGGCCGGCCGUCUUCUUGCAGCAUGGACUCCUGGCCGCAGGCAGCAACUGGAUCACCAACCUGCCAGACUCCAGUCUGGGCUUCGUGCUCGCCGACGCCGGCUACGACGUGUGGAUCGGGAACAGCCGAGGAAACACCUGGUCCAGGAAUCACCGCACCCUGAGACCAAACCAGGAGGAGUUCUGGAGGUUCAGCUAUGAUGAGAUGGCUCUGUUGGAUCUACCAGCUGUUGUGAACCACAUCCUGAAGGCAACGGGUCAGAACCAGAUCUCCUACAUCGGGCACUCUCAGGGGACCACUAUAGCAUUCAUAGCGUUCUCCUCGCUGCCAGAGCUGGCCAGUAAGAUCAAGUUGUUUGUUGGUUUGGCUCCCGUGGCAACGGUCAGUUUCACCGCCAGCGCCAUGACGAAGCUCUCCGUGCUACCUGACUUCCUCAUCUGGGACCUAUUUGGGAGGCGGGACUUCCUGCCUCAGAGUCGUAUGAUCGAGUGGUUUGCAGAACAUGUGUGUGCAAAGCAGCUGCUCAGUGAGUUGUGUGGCAACCUUUUCUUCGUCCUCUGUGGCUUCGACGAGAAAAACCUCAACAUGACUCGCAUUCCAGUCUACACCGAACACUGUCCUGCUGGGACCUCAGUCCAGAACAUGGUCCACUGGGCCCAGGCGGUUCAUGGAGGAAAGCUGAGUGCCUUUGACUUUGGAGCUUCAGGAAACAUGAAACACUACAACCAGUCCACUCCCCCUGAGUACCGCGUCCAGGACAUGAAGGUUCCCACCGCACUGUUCUCAGGGGGACACGAUACGCUGGCGGACCCCAAAGACAUAGCGCUCCUCCUCACUCAGAUGUCUAACCUGGUCUUCCAUCAGAACAUUGAACACUGGGAUCAUCUGGAUUUUAUUUGGGGCCUUGAUGCUCCAACACAGAUGUUUCCCUCCAUCCUGAAACUGCUGCAGGAAUAUCAGUAGACUGUGUGUGUUAGACUUGAAUAGUGUGGAUCAUCAUACCCGCUGAUGACAUCACUAUAUAUGAUUACAACACCUGUUUUUUCUUUCUACUUCAGGGUUUUCUUGUACUUGACUUAAGGACUCAGGACUCUGAUUAUUCAGUUAAUCUGCUGGGAGCUACAUUAGCCGUGUGUCUAAGAGAUGCUAACUUUAGCAUUACAAGUCAGCAUCAGCAAACAUCAUCACAUCACAUUAAAAAAAUUAGUUUGAUGUUAACCAAAAUACCUGUCAAUCCAUUCCAUUCAAUUCAUUUCAGGAAACAUUUAUUACCAAAAUAUGUCAAACACACAAGGAAUUUGUCUUGGCGGUUGGUGCGUGACAGUGGACAGUGUGACAAUAGACAAGACAGCAGUAAGUAAUAAAAUAAAGUAAAAUUAAAUGCUAAUGCAAUGAGUUAGUAGAAUAAGGCUAUGGGUUAGUAUAAAACAAGGGAAUAAAGUUAAACAUUUUAAAUAUUAAAAAAGUUAAAGAAAAUAUUAAGCAUAAAGUAACAAAGUGACGAGUGACGACAAAGAGGUCUUUUUAUUCUUUGAUCCGUGGAAAACCAGCCCUAACUAUAGGCAGAAUCAAAGAGGAAAGUUUUAAGUUUUACUUUAAAAGAGCUGAGCUUUCUGCCCCCCGGACUGAAAGUGGAACCUGGUUCCACAGAAGAGGAGCUUGAUAACUGAAGGCUCUGGCCCCCAGCCUACUGUUUAAAACCAUAGGAACAACAAGUAACAAGCAUCUAUGGAGCGCAGCUCCUUGUAGGGCAAUAAGGUGUUACAAGCUCUUUAAGAUACGACGGUGCCUCACCAGCAAGUGCCUUGUAGGUGAGGAGAAGUACCUUAAAAUCUAUUAUUGAUUCAACAGGGAGCCAGUGCAGAGAAGUUAGUACAGGAGUGAUAUGAUCCCUUUACUUAGUUCUUGUUAAUACACGUGCUGCAGCAUUCAGAGUGAACUAAACAGGCUUAAGAGAUUUACAAGAGCAGCCUGAUAAUAAAAAAUUGCAGUAAUCUACUCUGGAAGUAAAAAACGCAGGAACUAAUUUUACUGCAUCACAGACAAGAAGUUCCUGAUUUUUGAUAUGUUACGUAGAUGAAAAAAGGCAGUCCUUGAAGUCUUCUUUAUAUGAGAGCUGAAGAACAUAUCCUGGUCAAAGAGAUUCUUCAUGGUGCUGCUGGAUACCAGAUUCCGUCCAGAGAAACUAUCAGAGACAGCUGAUUUAAUUUAGAAAGUUGCUGGUCUGUCUCAUCUGGUUUGAUCGACAGAUACAGUUGAGUAUCGUCUGCAUAACAAUGGAGGUUUAUGCAGUGUUUUGUAAUCGCCCAAAUGAAGCAUAUAGAGGGUCAAUUUAAUUGGUCCAAAUACAGAACCUUGUGGGAUCGAGGAUUCACCGUUUACAAACGUAAACUGUGAUCCAUCCGAUAAAUACAACGUAAACCAGCUGAGUGCGGUUACGCAGGAACAGCAGCAUCCUAUCACGGUGCUUCAAUGUUGGUGGGCGGAGCUAAACGUUUAUACUCAGAAUGUUUGUGCUAAAUAUGAACCACAUCCAACUGUCUGAACUCAUAACUCACCAUUUGGUUUGAUAAACUUUAUUUAGAAAUAAAAAAGCUACAUUUAAAUGUAUAAGAUGGUCUAUAUUAGUAUCUACAAACAUGUUAAGGUCAGAUAGUUUCUACUCAUCUUUAUUCAUCUUCUGAAUGUUUUACAUAUUUUAUUAAAUAUUUGUUUACUCUUACAGACAUGACACAUUACUAUGGUUCCAGUAGUUGUGCUAAGCUAGGCUAACGUUGUAGUUUAAUAAACAUUGCGAGGACAUUUUAACUGUUCUAUCGUGUAUGUUAAGGCCUUCAAAAUAAAAGCAUUUGCCCCUUUAUCUUAAA